GAAGCCCUGCAUUCCCACAAGUGGGGAACCAGGGGAAUCCCCAAAACCACCCCGUGGCUCCUGUGGGAUUGGCUGAAUCCCUGAGCUGAUGCUCACUGGGCUCUUGUGUCUCCUGCAGAAAGUGGACGUGACCAGCAAGGCUGUGACAGAAGUUCUCACCAGAACCAUAGAGUACCUCCAGCCCAACCCAGCUUCCAGAGCCAAGCUCACCAUGCUCAACACGAUGUCCAAGAUCCGUGGGCAGGUGAAGAACCCCGGGUACCCCCAGUCCGAGGGGCUGCUGGGGGAGUGCAUGAUCCGCUAUGGGAAGGAGCUGGGAGAGGAUUCCAACUUCGGGGAUGCUCUCCUGGACGCUGGUGAAUCCAUGAAACGCCUGGCGGAGGUGAAGGACUCUCUGGACAUCGAGGUCAAGCAGAACUUCAUUGAUCCCCUGCAGAACCUGUGUGACAAGGACCUGAAAGAGAUCCAGCACCAUCUCAAGAAGCUGGAAGGGAGGCGCCUGGACUUUGACUACAAGAAGAAGCGACAGGGCAAGAUCCCUGACGAGGAGCUCCGGCAGGCCAUGGAGAAGUUUGAGGAGUCCAAGGAAGUGGCAGAGACCAGCAUGCACAACCUCCUGGAGACAGAUAUCGAGCAGGUGAGCCAGCUGUCAGCCCUGGUGGAUGCCCAGCUGGAUUACCACAGGCAGGCCGUGCAGAUCCUGGACGAGCUGGCCGAGAAGCUCAAGCGCAGGAUGAGGGAGGCUGCCUCACGUCCCAAGCGGGAAUACAAACCCAAGCCCAGGGAGACCUUCGACUUCAGGGAGUCUGACCAGUCCAACGGGGGCUUCUCCUGCAACCCCACCCCCAAAGUCUCAGCUUCCGCCUCUUUCCGGUCGGACAAGCCGUCCCGGGCCUCCGUCAGGAGCAUCCCCCCCCUGGACCAGCCCUGCUGCAAAGCCCUCUACGACUUCGAGCCCGAGAACGACGGCGAGCUGGGCUUCAAGGAGGGCGACAUCAUCACCCUGACGAACCAGAUCGACGAGAACUGGUACGAGGGGAUGAUCCACGGCCAGUCCGGCUUCUUCCCGCUCAACUACGUGGAAGUGCUGGUCCCGCUACCUCAGUGAAACGGCGCCGCUCCGCCCCGAGUGUCCCGGGCUCCAUUCCAGCUCCUGCCGCCCUCCCCGCCUCCCCUCGGGGCCAGGCGCUACCAGGGAACAAACCAGAAGGGUCCCACGGCCCCUUCCCCCCGUCA